AUGCAUGCUGACAUCGAAGCAAUCAUUCAAUUGUUGAGAGAUAAUAAGGUCUGGGAAUGUGUACGGCCGCAUCUGAAGACGCUGAAGGAAAUGGAAGAGCUGGACCCAGAUGCGCUCCGUAUUGACGCCAAAACCCCUACUGGCAUUGUGAUGUCCGAAAGGCUUGAGACACCGGCAACCGGCUCUGAUGAACACUGCUCUGAUCAUGAACAACCGCACUGA